AAAUUAGCACACGUACCUACAGACAACGGUGACAGAGUUUGAAGCAAAUUGUGAUGAAACUCUGAAUCAACACGAUCCCCUCCCCUCUCGAAAUGGGCGUAUCAAGUUGGGAAUAUACCAUUAACCGGUACGGCCAGCGUGCUGUCGAGCUCCUCGCGGCCGAAUGGCACCUCGGUUUCACCGCGUUUGGCGGUCCGCCGGUUCAUUUUAAGAUUUGGCAUGACAAGUUUGUUAGCAAAUUGAAGUGGAUUGAUGAGCAAUUGUAUCAAGAGCUCUUUGGCAUUGCUCAGGCACUAUGCGGACCGGGAAGCACCAAGAUGCUAUACUGCAUCAACUUGAUCCAUGAUGGAUUCUUCGGUGCAGUCCUCGGCUUUCUCAUAUGGAGUCUCCCCGGAGCGCUGGGUAUGUUUGGUCUUGCCAUCGGUGUUUCCAACAUCGGAUCGGCUCUUCCCCGUGCUGUUUAUGCCCUCUUAUCAGGACUUAAUGCGGCUACUGUCGGCAUCAUUGCACUGGCAGCUGUGCAGCUUUCAAAGAGCACCGUCACGGAUAAUCUCACUAGAGCUUUGGUGUUUCUCAGCGGUGCUGCUGGCAUGCUGUACAACGCCCUUUGGUAUUUCCCCUUGCUCAUGUUUCUCAGCGGUGUCGCUGCAGUUGUGCAUGACUACCGCUGGCUGCAUAAGCCUAUCAAGGCGAUGGUGGCCUUGCUAAGCUGGAGGAAGAGAAGCACAACUGCUAUCGAAGAGGGUAUUGCGAGUCCAAGAACAGGAGUAGAGCUUAAUACCCUCAAAGGCAAGGAGCCUGUGCAAGCUAUGCAGAGUUCAUCUUCAGCCGGGCCUUCAUCGGGAGCCGCCAUCUCGGGCCAUGUUCAACAUGAGGAUCGGCUGAGCGAACGAAGGCUCUCUGGGGCUGAAUCUGAGCCUAGGGUCAUCCCGCAAGAAUAUCGCUUGAAUUUUUCUUGGAAGGUCGGGACCGCCAUUAUAGCAGCCUUUGUUGCGACCUUUAUUGCUACUAUGGUCUUGCGGAGCGUUUUAAACAGCCCUCCUCUCUUGUUCAGCUUGUUUGCCAACCUGUAUCUUGCAGGUACAAUCAUCUUUGGCGGUGGACCAGUUGUCAUCCCGUUACUCAGAGAAUACGUCGUUGCCGAAGGGUGGGUCAGCCCGCGAGACUUUCUGAUCGGACUUGCACUUGCUCAGGCGUUUCCGGGUCCCAACUUCAACUUUGCUGUAUUUCUGGGAACUCUGGCUGCCUCCAAUAGUGGCAGCUCGUCGAUUGCCGGAGCGAUCAUCGCCUUUGUUGGCAUCUUUUUCCCGGGUAUCGCCCUCGUCCACGGCACAAUGGGCGUUUGGAGCUCGCUGCGGAAUAGACGAUGGGUCAAGUCCGGGUUGAGGGGUGUGAAUGCCGGCGCUGUUGGGCUGAUUUAUACAGCCGUCUAUCGAAUCUGGCAGGUUGGGUAUCUUGAUGAAGGGUUCCAGUCUGGACGAAGCCUGGGUGACGAUCCAUGGUGGGUUGUGGUUACAGCCACGGCAUAUGUUGGGGGCAGAUAUUAUGGAGUUUCAGCGCCUGCAGCCAUCGUUCUGGGAGCCAUCAUGGGGCUGAUUCGAUAUGGCGUCGUAUCUGGCCGAGGCUGAUGUUGUUGCAAAAUGUACAAUGCGUUGGAGCUUGAUGCCUGCCUGUCAAGCCUGUAUACCUACCUAUACGGUGUACUGAACCGACUUUGACGCACUGUAUUAGCCACAGAUGGCGGCACACGCC